UAUUCAGUGUCAUCGUGCCAAAACAAUAACAGAUUGCCAUUAAUUUUUCAGCUGUUUGCACUUCACAAUAUCUCGUAAUAUCGUAUACUGAAAAUGAGCAGUAAAUGCAGUUUAUGUUCCACGCACCAAGCUUUGAUAUCCAAACAUAAAAUCCAUGAAGAAUAUUCGGGGACGUCCAUAGAUGAUAUGUUUGCUAUUUUUAGGUUUCCACAAGAGUUCCAGCCUCCACAAUCUGUAUGUGCAAAAUGUUUGGAUAAGCUAUACCUAGCCUACCUUUUUUACCAUCAAGUUGUUCAAUGUAUUGAACAUUUUAAAGCAUUUGCAACCCCUGAUCAUUGUGUCGUUGACGAUGAUAAGAUUGGAAAUCACCCCUGUGAUAUGUGCCAUUUGAACCAUAUGACCGAUUUCGAAUUGCAGCGCCAUCGUAAGUUAAAUCAUGUCACUUUGUCACAUAAUUGCAACUAUUGUAAAUCAUGCCGAAAGGCUUUCAAAACCAGUAGGGGAAUGCAACAACACAUGAUAUAUUGCCAGAAUAUCAAUCCCACAAAAACCUUCCAUUGUGAAGUUUGUGAUCGGUAUUUCCAAACCAAUACCAAUUACAUCAACCAUCUUAAGCAUCAUCAGGAUUUUUUGUGUCUUUUUUGUAACCACGGUUGGAUCACAGAAGAAAAACUAUUGAAACACGUUCAGUAUGCUCAUGGCGAUCGUCUUUUUCGAUGCAACAAAUGUCCCAGAACAGAGAGGUUACGGAAAAGUUUGAAUAGGCAUCGGCGAGUGACACACAAUGCUAACCAACUUGAACUAUACUGCGGUCAUUGCUCGGUAGAUGUCGGUUUUAAAAAUCUUUUAACAUUGAAUGAACAUAUUCAUACAGAACAUAAAAACCAAGAACAACCAAGUGGUGUAUGCGAUGAACUACUGCACGAGUCUCUUUUUCCGAAAGACAUAGGUUUGGAAUUGGAAACGGAAAUCGAAAAGUUAAAGCAAGAUGAGAACCAAGAGAUUUUCCUGCGGCAUUUCGAUCUUGUUCGAAACAGUACGACUACUAUACAUGACACUAGAGAAGUAGUGCUGAACCACAAUAAGAUGAUUUUAGAGGAAUUUUUAGACGAGGCUUUUGAGAAUGACCAGAUUUGGACAAAAUAUAUUGAAGGAGGAGAGGAGUACCUGAUAGAUAAUUAUGAUUUUUAUUUAGACGGUCCAUCAGGGAAAAAGUCGAGCAAAUACAAGUGUCCGAGAUGUGAGAAUAGUUUCGACAAACAGCAAAGGCUUACGGUACAUUUAGCGGAAACGCACGAUAUUGCUUGUCUGAUCUGUAACGAUUGUGGAGCUAGCUUCAAUAAGAUACUCAAUUACAAGAGCCAUCGUCAAGAGCAUUUGAAAGAUAACGCUCGAUUCAGAGAAAACAUUAUACCGGAAGCCGAAGAGGCGUUAUCCUUAGUACGACAGGAAGAGAAAAACUAUGAUAUUCACGAAACGGACACCAGUUAUGUUUUUAGCUGCAAAUUGUGCGAUAGACAGUUUUUAAAAAAAUGUAAUCUCGAGAAACACCAAUGCUCAUUUUACACCAAAAGCGAACUAACUAUUCCAAAAACAGCAACUGUUGCGCUCGACCCAAUUGCGCACGAGAGCCUCUUUUGCACCUUAUGCGAUAAAAAAUUUACCUCGGUUUCUGGCCUAAAAUACCACCUCAAACGACACACCGAUAUCAAAGCGUUUCCUUGUUUGUAUUGUAGCAAGACGUUUACUGCGAAUUCAAACCUGAAUGCGCACAUUCGUAAUGUUCACAGUGAACAUAAAAGUCAUAUCUGCACCGAAUGUGAUAUGCGGUUCGCUUGCAAGGAUCAUCUGGCGAAACAUGUUCGUUCUAAGCAUCGGCAGGAACGUGCAUUUUCUUGCUCCGAGUGCCCAAAGCGGUACUUUCAGAAGUCUCACCUUAACGAUCAUAUGGCUGCCGCACAUAUGGGCUAUAAAGCGUUCAGCUGCGAACUAUGCAGUUCAUCAUAUAGUUGUAGAGGAUCCCUGCGGCGUCACGUGGCAAAGGUUCAUAAAAUUGCCAAACACUGACUCGUUACCAGUUGUAUUGAAUUUAGCAUAGGUUCAAUUUAGGGUUUGUACAUAUAAGAAAAUGUAACAAAUUGAGAUAGGGGCAAAUAAUAAAAAAACAAA